GGUGCCCACUGCGGUUGGACCACGGUACAUCUCCUCCUGCGUCUGAUUCCCGCAGCGUCAGUCUCGUUCGCGUCCACCGCGUUCUUUCGGAUUUAUUGCUUUAUUAUUUAAUAUUUAUCGACAGGUGACACACACACACACACGGGGUCGGACAUGGCUGUGGCGGCGGCACCGAAGCGGCAGGACACGCGGAAAUUCUUCGAGAAUUUGUCCGGCACCGGGAAAUCCAUCGCGGUGCUGACCAGCGGAGGAGAUGCCCAAGGCAUGAACGCAGCCGUCAGGGCGGUGGUCCGGAUGGGCAUCUACGUGGGGGCCAAGGUCUACUUCAUCCACGAGGGCUACCAGGGGAUGGUGGACGGCGGCGACAACAUCAAGGAGGCGACGUGGGAAAGCGUCUCCAGCAUGCUGCAAGUGGGUGGCACGGUCAUCGGCAGCGCCCGCUGCAAGGAGUUCCGCAGCCGCGAGGGCCGCCUGAGGGCCGCGCACAACCUGGUGAAGCGCAGCAUCACCAACCUGUGCGUGAUCGGCGGCGACGGCAGCCUGACCGGCGCCAACCUGUUCCGGGAGGAGUGGAGCAGCCUGCUGGACGAGCUGCGGCAGCAAGGUCUGAUCGACGAGGAGGCCGCCCGCAGUAACUCGGAGCUCCACAUCGUCGGCAUGGUCGGCUCCAUCGACAACGACUUCUGCGGCACCGACAUGACCAUCGGCACCGACUCGGCCCUGCAUCGCAUCAUCGAGGUGGUGGACGCCAUCAUGACCACGGCUCAGAGCCACCAGAGGACGUUUGUCCUGGAGGUCAUGGGCCGACACUGCGGAUACCUGGCCCUGGUCAGCGCCCUGGCGUGUGGAGCAGAUUGGGUUUUCAUCCCCGAGAUGCCUCCUGAGGACGGCUGGGAAGACAGCAUGUGUCAGAAACUGUCCGAGAGUCGAUCUCGAGGUUCCAGGUUGAACAUUAUCACAGUCGCCGAAGGAGCCAUGGACAGACACGGGCGACCUGUGACCUCUGACCGAGUGAAGGACCUGGUCGUCCGCUGCCUGGGCUUUGACACGCGGGUCACCAUCUUGGGCCACGUGCAGAGAGGUGGGACCCCCUCCGCCUUCGACCGGAUCCUGGCCAGUCGUAUGGGCGUGGAGGCGGUGCUGGCGCUGUUGGAGGCGUCGGCCACCACCCCGGCCUGCGUCGUGUCCCUGGUCGGCAACCAGGCUGUUCGACUGCCGCUUAUGGAGUGUGUCCAGAUGACCCAGGAAGUGCAGAAGGCCAUGGACGAGAAGAAGUUCGACGAGGCCGUCAGACUGCGCGGGAGGAGCUUUGAGAACAACCUGAGCACCUAUCGGCUUCUCUCCUACCGGAAAGCGGACUCUGAACUUCCAAAUAGCUCCUUCAACGUGGCCGUGCUGAACGUCGGCGCGCCGGCGGCCGGUAUGAACGCCGCCGUCCGGGCGGCCGUCCGAGUGGGAAUCACCGAGGGCCACAAGAUGUUUGCUGUCAGCGACGGCUUCGAGGGAUUUUACAAAGGACAGAUCAAGGAGAUCAAAUGGGGCGAUGUGGGCGGCUGGACGGGACAGGGGGGGUCGCUGCUCGGGACCAAGAGAACUCUUCCGGGCAAACAUCUGGAUAAAAUUGCCGAGCAGAUGAGGAUCCACAACAUCAACGCUCUGCUCGUCAUCGGAGGAUUUGAGGCCUUCGAGUCCCUGCUGCAGCUGUACGAGGCCCGCGCCCACUACGAGGAGUUCUGCGUCCCGGUGUGCAUGCUGCCCGCCACCAUUAGUAACAAUGUGCCCGGCACCGACCUCAGCAUCGGCGGCGACACGUCCCUCAACGCCAUCGUGGAGACGUGCGACCGCAUCAAGCAGUCGGCCAGCGGCACCAAGCGGCGGGUCUUCAUCAUCGAGACGAUGGGGGGCUACUGUGGCUACCUGGCCACCGUGGGCGGCCUGGCCGCCGGCGCCGACACCGUCUACAUCUACGAGGAGCCGUUCGACAUCCGGGACCUGCAGGCGAACGUGGAGCAUCUGACGCAGAAGAUGAAGACGAGCAUCCAGAGAGGACUGGUGCUCAGGAACGAGAACUCCAACGAGAACUUCACCACGGACUUCGUGUACCAGCUGUACACCGAGGAGGGUCGGGGGGUGUUCGACUGCAGGAAGAACAUCCUGGGCCACAUGCAGCAGGGCGGAGCUCCGUCUCCAUUUGACAGAAACUUUGGCACCAAGGUGGCGGCUAAAGCCAUUCAGUGGAUCACACGGACGCUCACGGACUCGUACAAAGGAGGGCGAGUGUUUGCGAACUCGGAGGACACCGCCUGCCUGCUGGGGAUGCGUCGCAGGGCGAUGGUCUUUCAGCCGGUGUCGCAGCUCCGCGACGAGACGGACUUUGUCCACAGGAUCCCGAAGGAGCAGUGGUGGCUGAAGCUCCGCCCACUGAUGAAGAUCCUGGCCAAGUACAAGACGAGCUACGACGUGUCCGACUCCGGCCAGCUGGAACACGUGACGCGGGUCCGGCCCAGGGAGAGCAACACCACGUCGGCCAUUUGAGCCGGAGACGCUGCCGCCGCCGGCGAAGAGCUCCACUCCCGACACGAACACAGCUUCACGCAACAGGUGACGGCUGCUCGACUGACCUUUGACCGCAAAAUCAAUCACGGUAGAUUUUAAAAGAUAGAUGUUAUAUUGAAGGUAAAUAUUGUGGGGUGAGGUCACGGCACUUUUCAAGAAGAAGAAUCUUCUAUAGUUUGGAUAUGGACAGGGCGGUCGUUUUGGAAUAGACCUCGCUCGUAGUUCUAACAUUGAUUGGAGAGCUACAAAAUACAAAGUUAAUAUAUGUACUAUAUAUAUAUAUAUAUAUACCUAAAUAUAUAUAAGCACUCCUCAUUAUGUACUGUAGAAUUAAUCAAGUUUUGGUCCUGAAAAUGUAGCGAUAUCUUUUUUUUUUAAGAUGCCGAGCUGAGCGAACAUCCACGUUGAAUAAAAACUAGCUCGGCGGACGUGGAUGAUGCUGUUGAAGUGUCGCUUUUGUUGCAUUUUUCUUUUUCCCUACAGCACUUUGAGCCCCAUAAUUAAAGUAAUCCACCUUAAGCUGCUAGUACAGAGAGAAUCCGUGUGUCGGGUUCACACGAGCAGUGCAAGUGUUCACACCUUGAUCAUCUUCCACCAUUUGUCUCUUUUUUUUCUUUCCAACGUGAAUAUUGGAAGUGAGAAUUGUCAGAAACAUUGUCCUUUGUGCUCGUGGUGUGAUGUGAUGAGUGUCCUGUCAAGAGUAAUAAAGCAUUUAUUGUGUGGAAAGCUA